AUGGUUCCGGGGCCGGCCGCCGCGCGUCGCUGCCGGCGGCGGCCUCGUGAUUGCAGCUGCCGGGGAGAGAGGCCCGCGGCCCGGGGUGGCAGAGACGUGAUCGAGAACGAACGGACUUUCAAGGGACGGAACCAACCCAUCGGCAACCAACAGGAGCUGCCAGCUCAUCGACCACCACCUGGAGAAACCAGCCCAUCGACAACCACCUGGAGAAACCAGCCCAUCGACAACCACCUGGAGCUGCCGGCCCAUCGACAACCACCUGAAGCAGCUGGCCCAUCGACAACCACCUGGAGCAGCUGGCCCAUCGACAACCACCUGGACCAGCUGGCCCAUCGACAACCACCUGGAGCAGCUAGCCCAUCGACAACCACCUGA